UCGGCAGGUCUGGAUGAAGAUGAGACUUUCUUGUGCAGAGGAAGUGGCAUUUCACUGUCAAACCGUUUCUAGAGGCUAGGCCGGCCUCUUGUUGAAGAAGCCAAAUGGCCCCUUCCUCUGUCUUCCUCGUCAACUCUCACGUCGAGAAGCGGAAUUCGCAAGAAUACAAAUCUUACGUUGUGGAAUCAGAAAUAAUUUAUGCGCCUAAUUGAUACUGGCAAUUAACACGAGCAUUGGAAUCUUCUCCCAAUUCGCAACGAGCGUUACCGGCCCCGAGACAUUGGCGUAUUUAGAUCUAUCGACUCAGAACUCCAGAGUCGGCGAAGUUUUAUUGUCCAAAAAUGAAGCGAACUCUGCUCGUCUGGGCGUUGAUGGUGCCUUUCUUUUGCCUACUAGGCUCGACGGGUGCGGUGAUCGAGGCGGAGGUCAGGAGCUCGCUGAUCAGCUUCCUAGGAAACCUCUCGAAUCACGGGGUCGUUGCAGCCAUCGGCUGGAAACAAGAGUCCGACCCCUGCGUCGACGGCUGGAACGGUAUAGCUUGCGAUGCGCAGAAUGCUUCCGUGACGAAGUUGCGUCUUGAAGGGUUCAAUCUUUCAGGGAGCCUCGACAUGGGUUCUCUCUGCAAUAUGCCCGCCAUCGCGAGCUCUCUUGCUCGCCUCGUUCUCAAUGGGAACAACCUCGGCGGCGGAGUGCCAGCGCAGAUCUCGAUUUGCAGGCAGCUCACUCACUUGCAGAUCGGCGGGAACAAGUUCGAGGGGGAACUUCCCGACUCGCUAGCUACGUUGGAUAAUCUCAAAGUUCUUAAUGUUUCGUACAAUAACUUUUCUGGCAACUUGCCGAAUUUGUCCAGGAUUUCGGGGCUCCAGAUUUUCCUGGCUCAGGACAAUCAGCUAAGCGGGAAGAUUCCCGCAUUCGACUUCUACAAUUUCGACGAAUUCAAUGUCUCCUACAACAACUUCAGCGGCCAAAUCCCGGAUGUCCAAGGUUAUUUCAAUUCGAGCAGCUUUAUCGGCAAUCCGUUCCUGUGCGGAUAUCCGCUCCCGAAUAACUGUCCACAAGAUAAGAGGAAAGGCGUCUCUGGCGAGCAGGUACUUAUGUACUCGGGCUAUGCACUACUGGGUUCACUUCUCGUGGGCGCAGUCGGCUUCAAGCUCUGCAAGAAAAAGAUGAAGAAGACAGGCAAGGUCGACUCAGAAAACAGCGCAUUAUCGAUCGACGGAAGCGGGAACAAGGCUACCGUUCCAUCAAGUGAACACAAAACUAGUGCUACACUGAAUAGACCAGAAGUCUCGGCUACCUCAGUCGAGAGUGGAGUGGUCUCGUCUUCCCUCGUGGUCGUCACGAGGCCGACCGUGAAUGGGCUCAUGUUUGAAGAGCUACUCCGGGCUCCGGCCGAGCUGCUCGGGAGAGGAAGGCACGGGAGCCUCUAUAAGGUCAUAUGCGAAAACGGGGCAAUGUAUGCCGUGAAGAGGAUCAAGGAUUGGGCGAUCUCAGGCGAGGACUUCAAGAAGAGGAUGCAGAGGAUAGACCAAGUAAAGCAUCCGAACGUGCUCCCGGCCGCCGCCUUCUACUCCUCCCAGCAAGAGAAGCUUCUGGUCUAUGAAUUUCAGCAAAACGGAAGCCUGUUCAGGCUCCUUCAUGGAACCCAGAUGGGAAGAGCAUUCGAGUGGGGCAGCAGGCUCAACUUCGCAGCCAGCAUUGCCAAGGGUCUCGCUACCAUGCAUCGAGAACUCCGUGAUGUCGAAAUUGCUCAUGGCAACCUGAAAUCCUCCAACAUCUUGCUGACUAAGGACAUGGAGCCCUGCAUCAGUGAGUAUGGUCUAAUGGUGCUGUACGAUCACCAAGACCUGACUCCAUCAUUGAUCACCCCCGCGUUCGAACCCGACCAUAGAUCCAAUCCAAGCAUGCCGAGAGCCUUCGGCUCGGACGCGUAUGGCUUUGGUGUGAUCCUCCUUGAGCUACUGACCGGGAAGAUGGUCCAUGACAAAGGGUUCGACUUGCCCAAGUGGGUCCUGUCCGUCGUCCAGGAGGAGUGGACCGUGGAAGUGUUCGAUAAGUCCCUGAUCUUGGAAGGAGUGAGCGAGGAGCGGAUGGUGAACUUACUCCAGGUGGCCAUCAAAUGCGUCAACCGCUUGCCGGAGGCCAGGCCGAGCAUGACACAGGUCGCAUCCAUGAUCGCCACGAUAAAGGAGGAGGAAGACAGGUCUCUGGCAUAUGAAACCUGAUAUGGCUUAGGCCUUCUCUAAAUCCUGAUAGAAUUCACAAUUAGGUGGCAAUAGGAAUCAGGCCAAAAGGGAGAGUGAAAUUUCUAGCCAAUUUAAAGUAUGAAUCUGGCUUUUUCAUGAAUAAAUAAGCAGUAAACACUGCUUGUCAUGUCUCUAGAA